AUGUUUGUGUUCGGGGAAUCCUUUCACCAUCUACACAAUGUCUUUGAUACCGUAGCUUCCUUUGUGGAUAUCCUCACGGACGAAUCCUUCUGGACAGUCUUUUUCGGUCAACGUGGUCUUGCUGUUAUUAAACGCUACAUUGCCAAUGAUGCUAUCUUUGUUGGCUUGUUCCUGAGCUUAGGACCAACCUUAUUGUCAAUGUUCCAGACCUUUUCCACCCGAUUCGAGAACUUUGUUACUCAACUCUUAUACAUUUCGAUCGAGAUCAAUGACGAUGAAGCAAUCUACCACCCAGUCUACACUUUUGUCAAGGAAAACUUUAAUGAUAUCAAAAGUUUCAAGCACGUCAAUGGUGUUACCCACUACGAUACAGUUCAGGACAAAACCACCAGCUGUGAGGAAAAGACGCUGCGAUUAAACUUGAUUCCACAACGUGGAUGUCUUCAGGUUGUAAAGUACAAAGGUUUCAAGCUAUGGAUCAAUCGCGACAACUAUUCCCCUUGGGAUAAGUCUGGAGGUAGAUCGGGAGGUGACACAGAGGAGCUUCUCGAGGCUUUAAGUGGCACCCAUCAACAUUUGGUCAUAAGCAUGCGAAGUCGUAAUUUAAGGCUUUUACAAAGCAUUAUUCAAGAAUGGCUGGAUGAGUAUUAUGAAAAGAAGAGCGGACAGCUCAUUGUUUACAAGUACAAGUGUGAUCGGUGGGGUGGACUCAACUGGGAUGAGCUUUGCUCUAAGGAACCCCGUGCUUUCAAUUCUGUUGUACUGAAGGAGCAUCAAAAGGAAGAAGUGCUUGAAGAUCUCAUGACGUUCCGUACCCAAAAGCAAUGGUAUAUCAAGACUGGUAUUCCUUACCGACGAGGCUAUCUGCUCUAUGGUCCUCCUGGAACUGGUAAGACUUCCUUUAUCCAGUCGUUGGCUAGCAAAGUCCAUAUGAAUGUUGCCUUGAUCAGUCUUACUACUGCCAUGACCGACGAUGAUUUCGUUCAAGCGCUUGUUGAAGCACCCAAAAACAGCAUUGUCGUCAUGGAAGACAUCGACCACUGUACAAUCAAUGACGGUGAAGUGGAAGACAGCAAAAAGUCAGAAAAGCGGGUGACAGCCACUGGUCUUCUCAAUGCACUUGAUGGUGUCUUUAGUCCUGAAGGAUCACUUGUCUUUCUCACCUGUAACGAUAUGGCCAAAUUGACUCCUGCACUUUUGAGACCCGGGCGAGUAGAUGCCAAGGUUCAUUUUGGCUUCUCUGAUCGCUAUCAAACCGAAUCCAUGUUCUGGCGUUUCUUUGCCGACGAGAACGGUAACAAGGAUCCCGAGCUCCAAGAAAUUGUACAGAAACUUUUGGACAUGAUUCCUAAUGACCAAGUCAGCACUGCCGAGCUUCAGAACUUGUUCAUGUCCCAUGCCAUGAUUCUUAACAGUCGACGCAAGGUCCGCAGCAUUUCUAUGACGGGUACGGAUGAUCAUACUUUGGCGUCAUCCUCUGGUGGCCGUGAUGAACACUCGGCCAAGUUGAAGUUCUUUCAUCAGCUCUUGGAUUCUAUCCCCGCGUUUUUGCAACGUGUCGAGGCUGAUCGCGAGCAGGCUAAGCAGCAUGCCGCUAGAAAAGGUAGAAAGUCUACUACUAGAAACGACGACGCCAAAGACGGUGGUGAUUAA